AUGACCGACCUAACGCCAGCCCUCAACGCUAUCCUCCUCGAACGCCAAUCCCCGGCCAUCCCAAUAAAAACGUACAAUCAAGCCUCGCCGGCUGAUGAGUUCCUGAAGGAAGCUUACCGAAUUAACAAACACACAACCAACCUAACAACCUACCUCCACAAGAUCCGCCCUCAGUAUCUCUCUCUCACCAAACACCCCCGCCACAAGCCUUCAUCCCCGACCGGAAAGACAAAGCCAGGGGAACAGGAAGCAGGGUCCCCGCUCAGCGACUCCGACCGCGACCAAAUCGACACCUCCACCGCCCUCGUCCUUCACGAUCUGAGUAACUCGAUCUCGACACUAUCCAGCGCCGAAGCCCUCCGGCAUGAGACGGCGACGAGUAUCCUGAGGAAGAAAUACGGGCGGUCGGUUGCGGGGCGGGUCCUUGCAAAAUGGGCUGCGGGGUCUGGGGCGCUUGAUGGGGAGAGUGAAGAGGGGAAAAGCGAGGAACAGCUUAGGGAGGAAGAGGGGGUGAGGGUGAUGCAGGUUGUGAGGGAUAGUGUGAUUUGGUUUUUGAGGAGGGGCUUGGAGGAUGUGGUUUCUUUGCAGAGGGGGUUGGUGGAGAGGAGAAUCGAGAGGGUUAGCGAGAGGGAGAGGAGUGUGCUUUUCAAAGUUGAGACUGGGGGGUCUACUGCUCGUACUUCUGCUGCUGCUGGUGGUGGUGGUUCUGGGGCUGGGGUGGAUGAUACGGUGGGUUUGAAGGGGGCUGCGAUGGAUGAGAGUGAGGUGAAGGCCAUUGAGGAGGAGUUGUCGGCGGAGCAGUUGCAACUUUUCGAGGCGGAGAAUGAUGCCAUGGUCAGGUAUUACGAGGACACCUUGAAUAAGGUCCAGAAUGCGGAGAAGUCGUUGCUGGAGAUCUCAUCGCUGCAGCAGACGCUGGUGUCGCAUCUUUCGACGCAGGAGGAGUAUAUCGGUCAACUCGUCACGGAUGCGGCGUCGACGCAGACGAAUAUCGGGCGCGGGAAUAAGGAGCUAAAGAGGGCGAGUGAGCGGCGGAGUGCAGCGCAGGCGGUCUUCUGGGGCACAGUUGGGUUGUGUACUUCAUUGAUUGUUUGGGAUCUUAUCUUCUAG